UUUUUCUUAAAAACUAGGGAUUUGUUCUCCUCAUAUUCAUUUAGCCGCUGGGUUUAGUCUCAUUUGCAGUGGUCAGAAGAUAACUUUAAAAAUUCCUUUGCAGGAUUUGGAGAUACCAGGAUACCAAUCUGUGUUUAAUGAGAUGAGUUUUUAUGUUUUUGCAACGAGUCAGGGAAAACAUCUUUAAUUUUCAGGCUUAGCUGAGAUUUUGAAGAUAUCACCACCGUGUGUUGUGCUCAGUACCUCUACAGGAGAAGACCAGGCUGUAAAGUGCUGUUCUCCUAUUUCUUAUAAAAGGUUGCAGUUCACAGAGAGCUGUCACUGCAGAGUUGAGAGAGAAGAAAUUGUCACAUUCUUGUUCAUCACCAUCUGGUGUCCACCAUGAUACGGACAGGCACAGUCUCCAAAGAAAGGUAUGCUGACAGCGACGCUGUGGCCGGUGUAGCUGUACAGGAAGGUCCAGCCACAGACAGAGCCCAGUAUGACGCCUGCGAGAAGGAGUAUCCACUGUCUGCUCAGGACCUGAACGAUCCUCAAUUCACGACUACAGAAUCUGUAGAGGCAGAGGUGAAACCCAGUGCUGAAGAUGUGAUGGAGCUUCUCAUCCACAUUGCCACAGUGACGGGCUUGAAAGCUGCUUACAGACAUUCUUCCCGGGGAGCAGCAGUGGCAAGUCCAUUUAUCAUUGCUGGGGGGCUGCUGCUUGGCCCAGUUGGAAUUUUUAUAGGAGGAGCAGUGGGUGGUUUCAUUGGAUGGAUGAUUUCUGAAGAUUUCAAGCCUGUCCCUCAGAUUUUAAUGAAAAUGCCUGCUGCUGAGAAGAAGAAGCUCUGUGCUGAAGCCAUGGCUGCUCUCAAGAACGUAAAAUUGCGUAAGAGUGAUGCUUCUUACCUGAUUAAACUUGUAAUGUCAAAUGUUCCUAUCCUAGACAAGAUAUUAGGAGUGCUGACCAAUUUCAUUACCAAAAAGCUAGAAGCGAAACCAAAGUAUAGAAAAUAACGCUCUACAGAGCAGGAUUUUUAUGCUGGAAUGCAUUUUACUCCCAUAGUUAUGAAUCUUUAACACAACAAUUGCUAGUUAUGAGUACUAAUUACAAAUAUAUGCUGAUCUAAGUAAUUUUGGGGUGUUUGGGUUUAGUAUUUGGGGUUUUAAAAUUUUUAUAAUUAUUAUCAUUUUUAAUUUGUGUGGAUUUGUAAGGAUAGUAUGAAAUUACAGCAUUAUCCUGACACUGACUUGAUAUGUAAUUUUGGAUUGCCCUGCAAUCGAAUUCAAAUUGCUGAAGGGAAUCAUGCUGCUCUUAGGCUAAUGUGUCACUUGUGAAAAUUUUCAAAAUCAUUUUGUUUUAUUUUGGAGACUUGACUCUGUUUAAGUGCUUUAUUUACUUUUUCCCUGUGAAUGACACACAAGGUGCCAAAGUAGCUGGGGCACUGAAGAAUUUUACCUGUUGUUUGUUUCAGCCCUGCAAAGGAAAGUUUUAUAAGGAAGUAAAUUACUGUGAACUCAAAAGACUCAGUCCAUAUUUUGUCACUUUUUUAUUGUAAUUCUUGAGUUAUCCUUUAUGUAAGAAGUGAAGCAAAUACUUAAACAAGAUUUCAAGUAGCAGGAAAACAAACUAUGAACACUCAAUUCAGUUUUCCCCAGGCUUCUGUGCCCUAGGAUGGGAAGGUGGGACAUUAAAAAAUGGGGAGCUGAAUCUGCCAGUUUUAUAUGAGCCCCAGGAUGAAGGUUGUCAUUUGAGCCUUGGUUUCUGGACUGAGUCUGUACAGCUGGUCCUGUGUUUUCAUUAAAAUCUUAAUAAGAAA